AUGUUCUACCGGCUGGCCACCUACCUUGCCGUCUGUACUGUCACUUUCGUAGCAGGCGUUCUGUCUGGUGUGCUGGUUGCAGAGCUUCAACCUUCGAGCAACAUCGAAAGCUUCCAAGACCUACUACAUAACAUUGCUGCUCAGUAUUUAGAUGGAAGUCCACCUGUUGUCAAGCACUGCUUCCGGGGUAGUCCGAUAUUCUGGGGCCUGGUCCUAGAACACCAAGGAAUCGAUCGCAUUACAUUGCGGAACAUUGAAGAAAGUCUACGGCUCGAGUUUCCAGACUUCUUGAGAUUUUGGGACCUUGGUGCGUCUUCGCAGAGAAGUUAUGGAAAUAUCUCGCAAGCAGCUAGGUCUGUUCUGUCGCCGCUGUUACCAACGCACAGUGCAGGAGAUGAAAGCUCGCAAGGACAGCAUACAAAGUCAGAACUCCGAGCCAUCCACGAACUUACGGGUGUUCAUGAGCUGCACAAAAGGGGUAUUGUUGGCCACGGGGCUUCUGUUGCUGUCAUCGACGUCGGAUUAGAUUACCUGCACCCAGUCUUCGCGGCAACCAGUGACCGGUCUUCCCCCUUGCGGUAUACUACGGACUUUGUAGGCGACGACUUCGUACCAGGAGCGAAUCUUCCGCAACCUGAUUCCGACACAUACACCGAGUGCGAGAUCCAUGGCACGCACACGUCGGCUCUUAUCGUAGGCCGACAGCAAUCGGUGGGCUUCGUUGGAGUUGCCCCUGGAGCAGCUCUCGAUCAUUAUAGGGUGGCGGGCUGCCUGGAGGUAAACAGGUUCGACGAUGAGAUCUUGAUCGAAGCGCUGCUGCUAGCCCACUCGAGGAGGGUUGAUGUUAUAUCCCUAUCCUUGGCGAACGGGUAUGGCCCGUAUCCAAGCGAACUAGUCUCCGAUAUAAUCCGCAGGAUAGUACAAGAAGGCCAGACGCUAUGUGUCGUAUCUGCAGGCAACACAGGAUGGGCAGGCCCUUUCUCAGCCGUCUCCCCAGCAGCUGCAGCUGGAGCGGUCUCUGCUGGCGCUGUACACAGCAUUCACGUCAUACGAAGUAACCCCAUGGCACAAGCGACUUACUGGGUAGCUGGCGAGCAGCGUUCCUUCAUGUUCGAAUGGCAACCGUCAUUUCCGUCCCGGUUUCCUCAGUCGUUACGAUUGUACGUCCUGUCACUUAACGCAUCGAUACCGAACGAUGCUUGCGGAGACCAUGCAGCUGACCUUGGCCUACCUGAUGAUCUUGAAGGUCAUAUUGUGCUAAUACGUCGGGGCGGAUGCGCUUUCCAGCAAAAAAUUGACAAUGUUCUCUCUCAUGGGGCAGCUUACGUGUUGAUUUAUGACAACACACCUACAGACGGCUGGGAUAUCUUUCUCUACGACAAUACCUUUCAUGGCAUACGCGGUUGCGGGUCCUUGUUGGCUGAGACUGGUCUAAAACUGGCGAAUAUCUUUGCGGAAGCAGACAACGUGAUCCUGGAGAUGGAUUCAAAUUUCACGCUGCUACCCAAAAUUCGCACACGAUACAACCCGUUGUAUCCUGCGGGAUCGUUGUACACCGGCGGAUCGUGGGGGCCGACUGGAGAUCUUUCCACAUUUCCGUCAAUCUUGGGGCCUGGUGGGAGCGUUUGGUCAGCUGUACCUAGAUCUGCAGGAGGGUUUGGUACCUAUACCGGGACUUCUAUCUCUGCACCGUACAUAGCUGGCUGCAUUGCGCUACUGCGUUCGGUCUAUCCCGACUGGGCAGCUCCGGACAUUGUACGAGCGCUGAUUCACACUGCGACUCCUCUGCCCUUCAGUGAUGGCAAUAAAUCAUACGACAAUUUGUUAGCUCCGGUCUGGCAACAAGGAGGUGGAUUGGUCAAUAUGGUCGCAGCGCUAGAAUCUCGGACGGCUAUAUCAGUCUCGUUCCUGAAUUUUAACGAUACGGAGUUCUAUCGGGUUGCCACAUUCACCAUUACCAAUCUAGGCGACAGAAGUGCCUCCUACGAGCUACAAUACGUUCCAGCCGCUACUGUAGACACUUUGGACUCGCGCAGGCACAUCAUUGCGUUUGCGGAAGACCCCGCAUCUUCCGACCAGGCCACAGCACAAUUCCUCGCUCAUACGCGCAGUGGAGACCAAGCUCUGGUUGAUCUCACGCCGUCAUCGCUGCAUCUACCCUCAGGAGGUUCAGCAGUGAUACACGCUGAAGUAAACCUUGCAAAUGUGGCAGAUGAAAAGACAUGUCCGUUGUAUAGUGGCUACAUCAAGAUCAACAGCAGCCAUGACGGCGUCCUCAGCUUACCUUGUGGAGGCAUAGGCUGUCGUAUCGGCGAUGUAUCCACCCUACCACCAAACUGGAACCUCACGUUUCUGGCCGCUGCAAGGUACAUUGACAGUGACAAUCCAAACUCCAUUAUACAGCCAGCAGCGGCUAAUACGACGUUCCGGUUACCAGCAUCUGGCAAUCCGGGGUUUGACCUCAGCAGUGAAGUGAUGUACCCAAUGAUCAAUAUACAAGUAGCAAUGAUCAGCCCACAUGCCGUCGCCUUUCUAGAGACAUGUUCAAGCGUAUCGACCAGCGCGAACGCAAACAGCACCCUGUCUGUGCCAGUUGACUUGCAUGGUACACAGAUUGCUGGAGGUUUCUCUCGAAUUGUUCCACGUCGAUUACUCUGGGCAGGAAAACUUACGAAUGGGUCGUUAGCUAUUUCGGGAUCUUAUUGUCUACAAAUCUGUACGAGUCGGACGUUGGGAAGCGUCUUGGAUUGUACGAAGACAGUACAGUUCAACCUUAUCUACUUCUAG